AUGCACCGCCUUAGCAUCCAGAAGUCUCUCGGGCUUCUCAUCUGCGGUCCUCCUUCUCAACAGAGUGCUCUAGAGGAUAUAGCGGAGUGCACGGUUGGGGGGGGAGAGGGAGAUGCAGCUGGCGCUGAGCUGCCGGCAGCUGUCGUACAUGGAGGUGAAGCAGCGCAUGCAGGAGGUGAAGCAGCGCAUGCAGGAGGUGAAGCAGCGCAUGCAGGAGGUGAAGCAGCGCAUGCAGGAGGUGAAGCAGCGCAUGCAGGAGGUGAAGCAGCGCAUGCAGGAGGUGAAGCAGCGCAUGCAGGCCUACGCCAAGGACGAGGAGAUGAGGAGAUCCGCUCGAUGACUGCUGCGUCCAUGGGAGGAAGGGGAGAGGAAGGGAGGAAGGGGGUACCAAGUGGUCAGCUCGAUGCCUCACCUGCUGCUUGCCUCCUCGCCAACGUAUGGCUGGAAUCGCCUUUGUUGCUGGAUCGACUAGGAAGUCAUCAGGGUGGUUGUGAGAACAAUAAAGCACCCCAUGCCUCCUCGCAUCCGUGGUCCGCUGAGCCCGUCUCUGUUUCACAAGGUGCUAUUGAGUUGCCUCAAUUUCUCCUCCUCUCACCUGCUGCAUGCCUCACCUGCUGCAUGCCUCACCUGCUGCAUGCCUCACCUGCUGCAUGCGUCCAUGCCAGUGUACGUGGUCGGCUGAGUUUCCCUUUCACCUCGCUGACAUCUUGCCCUCUCUUCUCCUCCCUUCCCAUCUCCUCCCCUUCCUGCUACUCCCCUUGCUUCUGCUCCCCUCGGUUCUCCCCCCUUCCCUUUCCUCUUCCCAUUAUCCUCUCUCGCCUCCUCCCACCCACUCGUUUGUCAUCCAUCUGGCUCCCAUCCACUCUCUCCCCCCCUCCCUCGCCUCUCCCCUGCACUCCAAAUCCACCUCUCAUGUCGCCCUUCUAUUAUCCCCCCUGCCCUCCAUCACACCCUCCUCUGACCCAACCCAACCCUCCCCCCUCUCGAACCCCUCCCUCCCCUCUCCCCGCUCUUUGCCCUCCCAACCCCACUGCUGCGACAGCACGCCUCUCAUGCUCCACCCAUCCCCCGCGCCUGUCUCGCCAGCACCACCAGUCUGCCUCUCCUUCCCCGCCUCACACCCAUGCUCUCCCACGUCGCUGCCUUCACCCUCUCAUCCUCCGCGUUUCCCCCCGCUCCCCGACCGGCGGCCCUCCUUGCGCCCUUCAUUGCGCUCGUCCUCUUACUCUUGGUGCGCGCUCUUUCCCCUUCCCUCUAUCGCGCACUUCCCCACCCCUUCGCCUGCCCGUUCUCCCCUCUUCCGCCCUUCAACUCCCGCAAAUGCUUUCCCUGCCACGCCUUCUCCUGUCCCUCGCUCCGUUGCCGCCAAACACAAGCCACUCGCCCCCGCAUUCUCACUUCUCCCCUCCCCUCCCUGUGCCUCCUCUUCCCGCUCCGCCUUUCCUUCCCCCCCCGCGCGACCGACCGCCCGUCAUUGCUGCCCCCAUCCGCGCUUCCUUCCCCACUUCCGCGAACUUUCGCGGAGGCGGAGACGAAAUGAUCCAGAAUCAUUAG